AUGGAUAUGGCGUGGAUGAUAAAAGAUAGAUUAUCUAUGGAAUAUGAAGAAGGUGUUGAUCGAUUUAUUGAGUUUGCACAAAAACAUUCAAGUGGCAGAACUUCUAUGUCAUGUCCAUGUAUUAGGUGUGGAAAUUGCAAAACACUUAAUACUAAUAAAGUUAGAAACCACUUAUUAAUCAAUGGUAUUAACCAAAGGUAUGACAAUUGGAUUUGGCAUGGCGAAAACCUUACUAAGUAUUGUCCAACAAAUUUAGUUCUUGAUACAGACUACAACUCUAAGAAACAAUUUUUGGAUGAUAAUGUUGAUGACAAUAUGGUUGAAAUGGUGGAAGAGGCACAACAAAAUAGUGUACAUGAUCCCCAAAAAUUUAAAAAGUUACUUACAGAUGCUGAAAAACCUUUAUAUCCAGGCUGUGAAAACUUGACCAAGUUGGGUACACUAGUCAAAUUGUAUCACUUAAAAGAAAAAUUCGAGUGGAGCGAUACUAGCUUUACAGAACUGUUGAGUCUGUUGAAAAUUAUACUACCUGAAAAUAACGAAUUGCCAGCAUCGACGUACGAUGCAAAAAAAGUUUUAUUUACUUUAGGAAUGACGUAUGAGAAGAUUCAUGCGUGUCCUAAUGACUGUUGCCUAUACAGAAAAGAAUUUGCCGAUAUAUCUAAUUAUCCUCAUUGUAAUGAGUCGAGGUGGAAGAAGCGUAAAAACUCGUCUGGAGUACAAAAAGGAGUGCCUGCUAAAGUUGUUUGGUAUUUUCCACCAAUUCCACGAUUUCAAAGGAUGUUCAAUAAUCAAAUACAUUCGAAGAAUUUAACAUGGCAUGCAAACGAAAGAUUGGUUGAUGGAAAUUUACGCCAUCCAGCUGACAGUCCAUCUUGGAAAUUGGUUGAUCAUUUAUGGUCUGAUUUUGGAAGUGAGGAAAGAAACUUUCGUCUUGCUUUAUCUACUGAUGGAAUUAAUCCUCAUAGUGAGAUGAAUAGUAAAUAUAGUUGUUGGCCCGUGAUAUUGACAACAUACAAUCUCCCACCAUGGUUAUGUAUGAGACGUAAAUUUAUGAUGUUAACAAUGUUAAUUUCUGGGCCAAAGCAAUCGGGGUACAAUAUAGAUGUGUAUUUAGCUCCUUUAAUAGAUGAUUUGAAAAUACUAUGGAAUGAUGGUGUACUUUGUUAUGAUGGAUAUCGAAAUGAGGUUUUCACAUUAAAAACAGUAUUAUUGUGGACUAUUAAUGACUUUCCUGCAUAUGGUAAUCUGGCGGGUUGCACUAUCAAAGGAUAUUGUGCAUGUCCCAUAUGCGACAAAAACACAUCUGCUAUACAUUUAAAAUUUGAAAAGAAGAUGGUAUAUCUUGGACAUAGAAAAUUUUUACCACUUAAUCGUCCAUUUAAAAAACAGAAAAAGGUUUUCAAUAACGAAAAAGAGCUUGGAAUAGCUUCCCAACCAUUGUCAGAAGAAAGUAUUUUUGAAAUGUUUAUCAAUAAUGAUUUCUCUAACGAUGAAAAUUCAUCGAGUACCAGAAAGAGAUCAUUAGGCUUUUCAGAUAGUUGUUGGAAGAAGAAAUCCAUAUUUUUUGAACUUGAAUAUUGGAAGAAGCUUCACGUUCGACAUUGCUUGGAUGUUAUGCACAUUGAGAAGAAUGUAUGUAUGAACUUGUUGGGUACAUUGCUCGACAUUCCUGGUAAGUCAAAAGAUGGAUUACAGUCCCGUCGUGACUUAGAACAAUUAGGCAUUCGUUCUGAGUUGGUGCUAAAGGUUGUGGGAAAUAGAACAUACACACCUCCAGCUUGUUAUACGUUAUCCAAAAGCGAGAAACGCACAAUUUGUCAAUCAUUGUCUAAAAUGAAAGUUCUAGAAGGGUAUUCCUCAAACAUAAAAAUUCUAGUGUCAAUCGAUACUUUAAAACUUACUGGGUUAAAGUCUCAUGAUUGUCAUGUGCUCAUGCAACAAUUGCUUUCAGUUGCAAUUCGUGGUGUACUACCUAAACAUGUGAGAAAUGCAAUCACACGAUUCUACUUGUUUUUUAAUGCUAUAUGUAGUAAGGUUGUAGAUGUCACACAACUAAGUGUCUUGGAACAAGAGAUUGCAGUAAUAUUGUGUCUGUUUGAGAAAUAUUUUCCUCCAUCAUUCUUCACCAUAAUGAUUCAUUUAACCAUACAUCUAGUCAGAGAAGUUCGGUUGUGUGGCCCUGUGUAUCUUCGAUGGAUGUAUCCAUUUGAACGUUACAUGAAAGUCCUUAAAGGAUAUGUUCGAAAUCGAAAUAGACUUGAGGGUUCUAUUGCUGAAGGGUAUAUUGUUGAGGAAGCUAUAGAAUUUUGUACGGAAUCUUGUCGAGAUAACAUGUCAAUUGGACUUGGGAAGGCUAAAGAACGAGAUCAAAAUGAUGAUAUUGGACGACCCUCAUCUGCAGCUUCUCACAUAAGGCCUGAAAAAGAACAACUAAUGCAAGCUCAUUUGUAUGUGUUAGAGAAUAUAAAUGACGUUCAACCUUACAUAAAGAAACAUAUGGAUCAUUUGAAAAAAAUCUACUCAUCAAAGGCAAAACAUCUAAAAUGGCUACAAGAUAAGCACAAUCAAUGUUUUAUUUCUUGGAUACGUAGCGAAGUUGCUACAGAACUUGAGUCACCAAACAACACAAUAUCUGAUACAUUGAGAUGGAUAUCACAUGGUACUUCACCUAGUGUGAUAACUUACUCUAGUUAUGUUAUGAAUGAUAUUCAUUACAAUACAGAGCAUCGUGAUGGUGUUUGUAAUGUGCAGAAUAGUGGUGUAUGUUUAGUAGCGAAUACGAUUGUUAGCGGUGUCAGAAUAGAUGAGUUGGGGUUUACAUUAGUUAAUCUUAAACGUAUUGGUCAUAAGACAGAUUCUUUUAUCCUAGCAUCACAAGCAAAACAAGUAUUUUUUCUUGAAGAUCCAAGUGACUCUCAAUGGCAUGUUGUGUUGAAUCCUCCCAAUCGAGAGUAUGAGGAUCAUAUUAAUGAUGAUGAGUUAGGUGAUAUAAGUUUAAAUUGUAUCAGUUCUAACAAUGUUCCUAUGAAUGUAUUUGAGGAAAUAAACGACGAAGAUGAUCCAAACUACAUGCGAACUGAUUGUGAUGGUUAG